AGGGGUUUUUUAAGGGCCCGGGUGCGAGACCAACAAAGCCCUUCCCGUGCCCCGAGAGCCAGAGCUGCAAGAUCGACAAGACGCAGCGCAAGCGCUGUCCCUUCUGCCGCUUCCAGAAGUGCUGACGGUGGGGAUGCGUCUGGAAGCUGUCCGUGCUGACCGCAUGCGGGGUGGCCGGAACAAAUUUGGGCCCAUGUACAAGCGGGACCGGGCCCUGAAGCAGCAGAAGAAGGCACAGAUUCGAGCCAAUGGCUUCAAGAUGGAGACAGGCCCCCCAGCGGGGGUGCCCCCACCUCCCCCACCCCCGCCGGACUACUUGCUACCCCCUGGCCUGCAUGCGCCAGAGCCCAAGGGCCUGGCCUCUGGGCCACCUGCUGGGCCACUGGGCGACUUUGGGGCCCCAGCACUGCCCAUGGCCGUGCCUGGUGCCCACGGGCCCUUGGCCGGCUACCUGUAUCCUACCUUCCCUGGCCGUGCCAUCAAGUCCGAGUACCCAGAGCCCUACGCCAGCCCGCCACAGCCCGGGCCGCCCUAUGGCUACCCGGAGCCCUUCUCCGGAGGGCCUGGCGUGCCUGAGCUCAUCCUGCAGCUGCUGCAGCUGGAGCCAGAUGAGGACCAGGUGCGGGCGCGCAUCCUGGGCUGCCUGCAGGAACCGACCAAAGGCCGCUCCGAACAGCCUGCGCCCUUCAGCCUGCUGUGCAGGAUGGCUGACCAGACCUUCAUCUCCAUCGUCGACUGGGCACGCAGGUGCAUGGUCUUCAAGGAGCUGGAGGUGGCCGACCAGAUGACGCUGCUGCAGAACUGCUGGAGCGAGCUGCUGGUGUUCGACCACAUCUACCGCCAGAUCCAGCACGGCAAGGAGGACAGCAUCCUGCUGGUCAUCGGGCAGGAGGUGGAGCUGAGCACGGUGGCCGCCCAGGCCGGCUCCCUGCUGCACAGCCUGGUGCUGCGGGCGCAGGAGCUUGUCCUGCAGCUGCACGCGCUGCAGCUGGACCGCCAGGAGUUCGUCUGCCUCAAGUUCCUCAUCCUCUUCAGCCUCGGCAAGGCCUCCAGCCAGUCAUCAGGACUGGACAGAGACACGGGGGACCCAGGGUGGGAGCAAGGACUCUGCCUGGUGGGCUUCCUGGAAGAGGGACAUCUGAGCAGGGUCUCAGAGGAUGCGUAG